AGAGAGAGAACACUGAAGAAAGCCCACAUAUAAAAUGCAGUUCUAGAGAGAGAAUAUAAAAACAUAGUAAAGAGAAAGAUAGAGAGAGAGAAAGAGGAGAGAGAGAGAGAGGGCGCAAAAGUACAACAGGGAUGUGCAACAUGUGUUGUUGCAGAGAAAAGAGGUUCUUCACAAAACCCUAGCUCUGUUUCUUCUGGGUCACCAGUAAGGCCGCCUCUUCGUUCCAUUUUCAUUUCAAUACAUAUAGUUUCAUGUGUUUGGAUCUGAAGUAGUUAGUUCAUCCCCAAGUUCCUCCCAAUUAUCUGCUCUCAUUUCCAGUGGAUAUUAGUUAGAGAAAGUAGGGUUUGAGAGAAAGAGGUUUUGUCGGUUCAUCGAUCAUUUUGGGUAUUCUGCAGAAGAAUUUGAGCUUUUCUUAGGGCUCAUCUUCAAUUAGUAGGGGGUCUAUGCUUGCUUGGUUAACAAGUUUUGAUUUGGGUGUUUCAUUUCAGGCUCUGGGUUUUUAGAAAUUAAGAUAAGCUUGGUUACAGUAUUGGUGUUUGGUAAUGAAAGGUGAAUUUUAGGACCCCAGGUGUUUGAGCAUUUGCAGUUGGUUACUUGUAGCAUUGGCAUUUUUAAUUUUUGACAUAUUGGUGUCAAAUUCAUCAUUUUGGAUCAAUCUUUUGGCUGAUUUCAUAUACAGGUUUAUUUGGUGAAGAGAUGUGAAGUGGGUGUUUGUGAAUGUAACCUGAUACUGCAUUAAGAAGUUCAGAUACCCAAGAAUCACUGUGUUGAUUAAUUGUACUGUACUCUUCUAAUUGUUCUAGAGAAUAUUCGAGGCAUAAGGGGUUGUAUUUAUACUGAAGUUCUUAGACUUGAAAAGGUUGGAGAAGACAGUCUUCUUCAAAGAGAUUGAAAAUUUUAUUCUGUGGUUACUGAAUUUCUAAUCUGUAUUUAUAGUUUGAUACUGAAUAUUUGCGCUGGAGUGGUUAGGGAUACCAGGAACGGGAACGGGAACCAUGUCAUCCUUGAGUAGGGAGUUGGUUUUCUUAAUAUUACAAUUUUUGGAUGAGGAGAAGUUCAAGGAAACAGUCCAUAAGUUGGAACAGGAAUCUGGUUUUUUUUUCAAUAUGAAAUACUUUGAGGAUCAAGUGCAAGCUGGUCAAUGGGAUGAAGUUGAACGCUAUUUAUGCGGGUUCACAAAGGUCGAGGACAACCGCUACUCAAUGAAGAUUUUCUUUGAAAUAAGAAAACAAAAAUAUUUGGAAGCCCUUGAUAGGCAUGACCGAGCAAAAGCUGUUGAGAUUCUUAUGAAGGAUCUCAAGAUGUUUUCCUCUUUCAAUGAAGAACUCUUUAAGGAGAUUACCCAGCUACUUACCCUUGACAAUUUUAGGCAGAAUGAGCAGCUUUCCAAGUAUGGGGACACAAAAUCGGCACGAAAUAUUAUGCUGGUUGAACUUAAAAAACUUAUAGAAGCAAAUCCAUUGUUUCGUGACAAGCUCACAUUUCCUGCAUUCAAAGCUUCACGACUGCGGACAUUGAUAAAUCAAAGUCUUAAUUGGCAGCAUCAACUUUGCAAGAACCCGCGUCCAAACCCUGAUAUCAAAACACUUUUUACUGAUCAUACUUGUGCUUCUAGCAAUGGAACUCGUGCUCCUCCACCUACUAAUAGCCUUCUUUCUGGACCUGUUCCAAAAGCUGGGGCUUUCCCUCCUAUUGGGGCCCAUGGUCCAUUUCAGCCAGUUGUCUCUCCAUCUGCAAGUGCCAUAGCUGGGUGGAUGUCUGGUACUAACCCUUCCAUACCUCAUGCUGCUGUUGCAGCAGGACCCCCUGGUCUUGUGCAGCCUCCUGUUCCAGCUGCAUUCCUAAAUAAACACCCGAGGACGCCUCCAGGUGCUCCUGGAAUGGACUAUCAAACGGCCGACUCAGAACACUUGAUGAAACGAAUUCGCACCGGCCAAUCUGAUGAGGUUUCUUUUUCUGGUUCAACACAUCCUCCCAAUAUUUGUUCUCCAGAUGACCUUCCAAAAUCUGUCGUGCGGAAUCUUAACCAGGGAUCUAAUGUCAUGAGCAUGGACUUCCAUCCACAGCAGCAGACUGUUCUUCUAGUUGGAACAAAUGUUGGUGACAUUAGCAUAUGGGAAGUUGGAUCUCGAGAAAGGUUAGCACAUAAAGUCUUCAAGGUUUGGGAUAUCUCAGCUUGUUCAAUGCCAUUGCAGACAACUUUGGUGAAAGAUGCCACAAUCUCUGUUAAUCGAUGCAUUUGGGCCCCAGACGGAUCUAUUCUUGGCGUUGCAUUCUCAAAGCACAUUGUUCAGAUAUACACGUACAAUCCAGCAGGAGAACUGAGACAGCACUUGGAAAUUGAUGCUCAUAUAGGUGGCGUUAACGAUAUUGCCUUUGCUCAUCCCAAUAAGCAACUUUGUAUUGUCACAUGUGGUGAUGAUAAGACGAUUAAGGUGUGGGAUGCUGUAGCUGGGCGCAGGCAGUAUAUAUUUGAAGGCCAUGAAGCUCCUGUAUAUUCUGUCUGCCCUCACUAUAAAGAAAAUAUUCAGUUUAUUUUCUCCACUGCCAUGGACGGGAAAAUAAAAGCAUGGCUCUAUGAUUGCUUGGGAUCAAGAGUCGAUUAUGAUGCCCCUGGGCUUUGGUGCACCACAAUGGCAUAUAGCGCUGAUGGAACCAGACUAUUCUCCUGUGGAACGAGUAAAGACGGAGAAUCCUACCUGGUUGAAUGGAAUGAGAGUGAAGGAGCAAUUAGGAGAACAUAUUCUGGUUUUAGGAAGCGGUCUUUAGGUGUUGUGCAAUUUGACACGACGAGGAACCGUUUCUUAGCUGCGGGUGAUGAAUUUCAGAUUAAGUUCUGGGAUAUGGACAAUACCAACAUACUAACAGUUUCUGACGCGGAUGGUGGAUUACCUGCAAGCCCUAGACUAAGAUUUAAUAAGGAAGGGUCAUUGCUGGCUAUUACAACCAGUGACAACGGAAUCAAGGUCCUAGCAAAUACCGAUGGGCAGCGUAUGGUGAGGAUGCUGGAGGGCAGAACAUUUGAGGGGGCUCGAGGGCUUUCUGAAGCUGUCAACAUUAAACCUUCGGUUGCCAGUGCAUUAGGACCCAUUGCUAAUGUUUCUGCUCCCUUAGCUCCAGCGCUAGAACGUUCUGAUAGAAUCCAGCCUCCAGUAUCCAUUGGCAGUCUUGCUUCUGCGGAGAGCAGCAGGGGGGCUGAUAUUAAACCUAGGAUAUCAGAUAAUGCUGAUAAAACUAGAAGCUGGAAAUUCCCUGAUAUUGUUGACGCAUCUCAACUAAAGGCUCUAAAGCUGCCUGAUCCUUUGAUGGCAAGCAAGGUUGUGCGGCUGCUCUACACAAAUUCUGGGCUAGCUUUACUGUCUCUUGCCUCCAAUGCUGUUCACAAGCUCUGGAAAUGGCAACGCAGUGAACGCAAUCCAUCUGGGAAGUCCACUGCAUCCAAUGUGCCACAGUUCUGGCAGCCUUCAAGUGGGGGUGUCAUGACUAAUGACUCGAGUGACACUAAACCAGCUGAAGAGGCAGCUGCAUGCAUUGCCUUGUCCAAAAAUGAUUCUUAUGUCAUGUCUGCCUCGGGCGGGAAGGUCUCCUUGUUCAACAUGAUGACGUUUAAAGUAAUGACAACUUUCAUGCCUCCGCCUCCCGCAGCCACGUACUUGGCAUUUCAUCCUCAAGACAACAAUAUCAUCGCCAUAGGAAUGGAGGAUUCUACUAUUCAAAUAUACAAUGUCCGGGUUGAUGAGGUUAAAACCAAGCUCAAGGGUCACCAGAGACGGAUCACGGGGCUUGCAUUUUCACAGACUUCGAAUUUACUGGUAUCAUCUGGAGCUGAUGCUCAGCUAUGCGUCUGGAGUGUUGAUGGAUGGGAGAAGAGGAAAGCAAGGCCCAUACAAGCACUGCCUGGUCACCAAUCUCCCCUGGUCGGAGAAACUAAAGUUCAAUUCCAUAAUGAUCAAGCCCAUCUACUGGUGGUUCAUGAAAGCCAGAUUGCUGUUUAUGAUAGUCAACUCGAAUGUUUGCGAUCAUGGUCCCCAAAAGACUCGCUUUCAGCUGCCAUUUCAACUGCAAUAUACUCAUGUGAUGGUCUGAUGGUGUUUACUGGAUUUUGCGAUGGUGCUAUUGGGAUUUUUGAUGCUGACAGUUUGAGGCUUCGGUGUCGAAUAGCCCCCUCUGCGUACACGGCUUCAUCAAUUGCUGCCAGUAGCUGUGGUUCGGGCUUUCCUGUGGUGAUAGCGGCACAUCCAUCUGAAUCCAACCAACUUGCUCUAGGAAUGAGUGAUGGUGCAGUCUAUGUGAUUGAGCCGUCUGAUGGAGAGCCAAAAUGGGGUGGCUCAGCCCCUCAAGAGAAUGGGACUCUAACUUCCGUUCCCUCAAAUUCUGCUUUGAAUAGUCAGCCAUCUGAAACCCCCUCCAGAUGACAUUAUAAAACAUGGUUCUUUCUACUGCUAUGCCAUUCACAUACUUUUGCUAUAAUAAUCAUCUUAUUGUAAAUUUAGUCUACUUGAGAGUAUGUUCUUUUGUUUUAUUAUUUUUAUUAUUUUCUUUUUAUAGAAAAAUGUCCUGCAUAGUUGGUCAACCACAUAUAUAUAUUUGGGUUGUUUAGGCCAUUUUUGCCUUCCAUUGUAGAACUUUCAUGUUGCUCUUGCUUUCAAUUAAUUGACAGAUGCUCAUGAUAUUUAUCUUUUGGGUGA